GCCAGUGCUCGGUGUCAAACUUUACCCAGAGAUCCACCAGCGUGAGCAUAAAAGUCAGUGGUGUCCGAUCAGUACGUACCCUCAGUGAGAAAGCUCGCAUCGAACGGGAACUCGAAAUGUUUCAUCGGUAUCCGGCUUGAGCAAAGUCGUCUAUCAAUACCGUACCCAUACUCUUCGGUAAUGUUACCCGCGUAAGGUGCUGUAACUUCCGCCAGGCUCUCAAUGAGCUUUACAACCUGCUUGAACGAAGAGAUAUUGUGCGCUUCAUGUACAAUCGCUGUUGACCAAUUCCUGCAGCGAGCGGCCCCGAAAACGCGUCUCGAUAGUGUACGGCGCAUUGAGGACGUUCGUCUUCCCAAGAUCAAAUCCGUCAAUCCCCGGGAUAGGAAUACCGAGCUUUCCUUCCAAGCCACCAAGAACCGCGAUAUUACGCCGCAUAUCUACAUCCUUGUCACCAGCACUGCUGAUGCGAGGAAUGCGGACGACGUACUUUUCUUCUUAUUCGAUGAAGUGGCCUUCAUCUUGACCACUCGCCGAGUGAAAAGCGAUGAGCUUGAGCAUUGGGACUGUGAGGCCGACGACAUCGUGGAAGGAACCUGCGCCUACAUGCUCGACUUGAAAGUCCUCAGAGCACGCGGCUUCCGGGAAGAGUUGGGCUGCGAGCAUCAAGACUUUCUGGCACAAGAUGCUCUGUUCGCGUUCUUCGGGCGCCGCGUCGAGGGGUUCUACGGUUGCAAUAAAGGGUUGAGGAGAGUCGUCUCGACGACGAGCAACGUGCCACGAUUGGUGAAAGGCCUGUCGUUACUUGUCUGCUUCAGGUGGAGACUUGUCAAAGAUUUUGCUGAACGAGUCGGUGCUGGAUGAUGUUUCGCCUGAUUUGCUAGAAGAUGGACGUUUAUCUGUUCGCAGACCAUCUGAAGGAAUCAGCCUUAGAGCGUUUAUCUUUAGAACGGGGUUGACUUGAUGCAUCGAGCAGGGUACUUUUGCCAACUCGCAGGUAUGAGCUGGGGAAAUCUUGCGUUGCGCAAGCCAUAUCUUUGUGUUGUUCCACAGCAUGG